AUGGCUCAUUCAUCGCAAACAUCUUCCGCCGGCACUAGUAAUAAUGGCACACAGCAUCAAUUAGAGCCUUCCUUGCGACAUUUCGCCGACCCCUCAUUCGAUCCUAUUGACUUCAUCAACGACUCUUUCCCGCCAUUAACAUUAUCCGCCUCGCAGCCGCAUGCCUCGAGAGCACCAGGUUCGGUGUCCCUAGGCGAGCUUUCAUCACGAAGCCAGUCGCUUGUCUCACAAACAAGUACCCAGAAUGUCCGACUUUCUGGGAUCCUGACACAGCUCACCGAGGAAAUCCUACGAAGCGGGGGUAGAUUGGCAUACGAAGUGGAAGUGCUACGAGGCGAGUCAAUUAGUCUUGCCGACACCCUAGCUGAAACCCUACACAAGGACAUUAUCAAGUUUGUCCCGGAAGUACAGAAUGAGGGUGAACUGGAGGAUGAACUCAAGGGGGGGGCCAUUGGAACAGAGCGCGAAAAAGCGGGUUCCGUUGCCAAACUCCCCGAGGAGCCAGAGUAUAUCGCUCAGUUGCGGAUCUUAGGUCAAGUGCGCGCUCGACUGGAGGAGGUUAUUCAGACAUUCGGAGAUGCAAUGGAGUGGCCACUUCCCCCGUCGGAGUUGUCGAUUACUUCUUCGUUUAUAUCCGUGUCCGCACCGGAACCUGGUACCGAGAGUCACAGCCGUGAGGAGCGAGGGCAAGAAAUCGCUAAAAAACUCCGCACGGAAAUAACAGAGCUCCUGAAUAGUAAGGGGGGCGGGGAUGCUGGCUUAGCUGCAGCCACAAGGCGACUCGAAGCACUGCGCAAUCUCGGAACUGUUUGGAGAGGCACGGCAGAGGACAAGGCUCGGACCCGUUUUCUAGAUAGCCUUGCAAAGAUCAUUGAGGACCGACGCAGGGCUUUGGAAAACCAACGGGAGCGUGCAUCGAAGAAGGGGAGAUCCUCGAUGGACCAGAUUGCCGAGGAACGCUCCAACACUGAUAGCGGGCCUGGCGGGGGCUUAUUCCGAAACCUCCAGCGUAUUCGCGACGAAAUCUACUUAGAGGAGAGUCGUCGCCGCACCAUGUUCGAGCUCAGCCGCUUUGGCUCGCCAUGGAGGAAUCUGCCUCACAUCCCAUUACGCAUGCCGCGCAUGCGUAUAUCCAGAGUGAUCAUCUAUACUGUCGGCUCUGUCUUGUUUAUUUUCUGCCUGUUUUCUUACAGCUCCAGGAGAGACAGCUCGGCUCCUAAUAUCCAAGUCCCUGGAAAUCAGGAUUGGGAACUUCCUCCGCCUUUUGACCCUUCAAAUUCCGCCUUCCACGUUCUCGUAUCUGCGACGCCCAAGAGUCCUCAACUAUGCCGGACAAUCACUUCUGCAAUGAUAUUAGACUACCCACCCAUGACCCUUCUCAAACCGAACCCCGAGCCGCGGACGGGAUCUACCUCAAACAAAGCUGCGAUUGAAAACGUGCAGUCGAUUCUCACCUUUUUAAAAACAAACAAACGAGUAGGAGACAGAGACCUUGUAUUAAUAGUCGAUAGCGACGACACCUUAUUCCAAUUGCCAUCCGAUAUUCUCAUCGAUCGCUACGGAGAAAUAACACGCCAGAAAAAUGAACAUCUAAGAAGCAAAUACGGUAUGAAGUUUGUUGGGAACGUCGAAGACGAGGGUACUCAUCACCUCGUUCAGAAAUACACUCAAAGAGUAUUAUUUGCUUCUCGAAAGGAUUGCUAUUCAAACCUCACCGACACUGCGGCCUGUGCCAGCGUACCGCAGUCGCCGUUGCCACCAGACAUAUACGGACUCAAAACGGAUAAAAAACAUGAUGGGACCAAAAACAGGCCUCGAUGGAUCGAAUCUAGCAUUAUAAUGGGCCAAACAUUCGAUCUAAUCCCUCUCUACGAGCGAGUGUUGCAAGAAAUGCAGAAGCAACCGUCACGUGCUGGUGACCAAAUGAUGUUCACCCACAUUUUUGGCGCCCAAGAAUAUUCUAGGGAAACAGAAAGGCGAAAGACCAGCAGCCCCUUCAAAGAAUGGCUCUGGGAUUUCGUAGGGAUCUCGGAAGCUUCCAAUAUCACUAAUGUGCGCGCUCACAUACAGCCGGGGGAUCGGCAUGAAUACGGGAUUGGGCUUGAUUAUGAGGGCCAGUUAUUCCUCAAUACAAGGAAAACAACCAGCGAUAUAGAAUGGUUACGGUACCGUGACUUCCGGAAGGCGUCAUCCGUACAAAUAGAGCAUGGAGUCCCGCGAGAAGUGCGUUUAAACCUGCCACUUGAUAUCGAACAAAACCCAUUGAACCCCUUCAAGAAAGACAAAUCAUUGAACAUCCUGACUAGCAAAACUGCGAACAUGUCAAGUAUUGAUGUAAUUCCCCCGUCGUGGAAUUUUACUUGGAACGAUCUUCCGCUGGCAACAUACAUACAAACUGCAGCAGUACCUGCAAUCAUUCACACAAACGGUGAAUCUAGUGUACGUCAAUCAUACUGGGAUCAUAUGUGGUUCCAUCCUUGGUCUCGAGCAUUGUUACGCAAGCAUAUGCGUUCUGGUCAAGUCGAGCCAAUUCAGCAGAUCUCGGCGUUAGGAGCUUCGGAUUUAUUGAAAUAUCCCGACAGAAAAGGAGGCAUGUGGGCUGACAACGAUGAGUGGAUGAGCUUUGAAGAUCUUUGUUCCGGUUUUGAGGAUGCAGUAUUCGGUGACGGACUAGGAGCUUGGGGCGGAGAGAAAUCUAGUACUCUUCGCGCGGUCUAUAACCUCUGGGGUAGACUAAUGGCAGGCAAAGGGCCUAAGACGAAGAAGCUGGGGGAGUCAAAGUCCGAAACAGAGGAAAUAGAGAAAUUAGUGCUUGGAAUAGAAGAGGAAGAGGAAGAGGAAGAGGGCGAAGACUCCAAGUGA